UUGAGUUAUUGUCAGAUUGCGUCUUCUGUUGUGGUCACAAAAAUUAUCGACUAGAAGAAGUUUAAUGUGAAACACUCGUUAAAAUAUUAAAUGUUUAUUUAUUUUAAGCUUGAGAUGGUAUUGGAGGUUGGCUAAGGCUGAUGGAGGACAGUGAGAGUGUAAAAUCAAAUGAUUCCACUGCCAUAAGUGAAGAGUAUGAGUUUGUAGUUAGCUCUGGCACGUCGUUGCCUUUGUUGAAUAUCUCGGACGACAGCAAGACAGAGGGAGAUCUGGAGGCGAUGAUGGGAGAAGUCCUGGGGGAAAUGGAGCCGGACAACAAGCGGACGGAACAACAACGGCAGGACCCUCCGGAGACAGCUAAUCACAGGCGGAGCUACAUAACAGAGGCAAAGCGAUUUGAGACUGACGAACACCCGUUGAGCGAGGAAGAGGUGGACAUGGGUGACCUUAACCAAGACUGCACCAUAUUCAACGGCAUCUCGUACUUGGGCUCGGCGAGUGUAAACGCGCCCAAGAGUGAGACGGAGACUCAUCGCAACAUGGCGAUACUCAACGCCCAGAGUCAGGACCAGGAAGUGAUCAAAGUAUCUGUCUCAGUGCCCAGCUGUUCUGAUGGAUGCGUAGUGUUGUACGAUGCUGCUGGAGCGGUGAUGGCCCGCUACCAGAUUCACCGCAUCUUGUUCUACGCUCACGGGACAGCCGAGUCUAAGGAGGCAGCUUGCUUCUCCUUCACCUACACGCAGGGCGAGACAGUCGAGUCGUCUAUCUUUCAAUGUUACGUCUUCAGAUGUGACAUACCGGAGGCUGUGGGUCAGGUGUCGGCUUGUUUCACCAAGGCGUUCCAGCGAGUGCCACGCUCCAUGACCACCUCAGUGCAAGGAGAGUUGCUGUCUGUAGAUCAGGCGGAACUGAUGAGCCGUAGCGGAUGUCUGCAGAUGGCAGUGUUCGAAGUCACCAUGGAGAUCAAAGAGGAAGACGGAAGGGGAGGUUGGUACCCAGUGCCGAAAGAUCGCAACUGCUUCAAGCUUCGCGUCAACGUAGAGAAGCAGGUUUGUCUGACCAUCCAGCAGGUGAUGGGCAACAAAGACCAACCCUUGGAGGUGGAGAGGUGCUUUGGCGUACUCAUCAGUCCCGGCCGCAACGUCAAACACUCUGACAUGCAGCUACUGGAGAUGGUGUCGAUGGGGUCGGCAGUGAUUAACGACAAGAAGUGCUACGUGAUCGCCGGCCAGUGUAGUCCGCGGGAAAACGCUUUUGAGCCCCUCAACGUAGAGACGUCUCGUGACUCGAGGCUGUGGCUCACGGUGGCUGUGGAUCUGGUUGUUGGUGAUAUCAAGGAGCCAGUGCGACUUGUGCUGGAAACUCAGGUGAAAGUGUACCCUGCUACGGAGAGGUUUUGGACAAUCAGUCGUCGUCCGUUGGUCCAACAGUUUACUUUGAAUUUGAAGGAGGUCCUGAGCCCGGACAUCAACGAGAGCACUUACGAGGUGUUGAGCAUCGAGCCGUCAGAACCGUCACCGGACCUGGACCAUCGUAACAGACUCAACCUGACUCUCAACAACCUGGCCAGCUUCAUUCACUCGCCUAGCGUCACUUCCAUGGACACUCUCACCCCCAAGGAAGAGAGGGAUGAGGAGUCUUACUCUGACGGUGAUGAACCUAUUCUGAGUGGGACCGGCGAGGUGAGCAAGGACUGUUCGGAGGGUGAGCUAGAGUCGUGGGCCGAUGUGCUGGCACGGUGGACAGUGACGCCUCAACCUCCGAGGCAACUGUCGCCACUGGUCAGACAAGGGAUACCCGAGGCGCUGAGAGGCGAGGUGUGGCAACGGCUGGCGCAGUGUGACAACGACAACAGCAUGAUGGACCUGUACAGGAUACUUAUAACUAAGGAAUGCAGCUGUGAGAACGUUAUCCAGAGGGAUAUCAACCGGACUUUCCCGGCUCACGACUUCUUCAAGGAGGCUGGUGGACUGGGACAGGACUCCCUCUACAGGAUCUCUAAAGCUUACGCUGUUUACGACACAGAAGUCAGCUAUUGUCAGGGGCUCAGCUUCUUAGCAGCCACAUUGCUGUUGCACAUGCCUGAGGAGCAAGCGUUCUGCGUUCUGCUGAAGCUGAUGUACGACUACGGUCUGCGGGAUCUUUACAAGGACGGCUUCGAGUGUCUCUACUUGAGGCUUUACCAGCUCAACAGGUUAAUGGAGGAGCAAGUGCCGACACUGCUGCAGCACUUCUCAGACAAGGGCGUGGAGACUCAUAUGUUUGCGUCUCAGUGGUUCCUCACACUGUUCACCGCAAGGUUUCCUCUCUACUUCGUCUUUCACAUCCUCGACGUCUUUCUGCUGCAAGGCACUGACACUUUGUUUCAAGUGGCCCUCGCACUUCUUAUUAUGUACAAGAAAGACUUGAUGCAGCUAGAUUUCGAGAGUAUCCUCAAGUAUUUCCGUGUCACGUUGCCCAAGAAAUGCCGUAACGAAGAGACAGCUCGCCAACUUAUGAAGAUGGCUUGUAACAUCAAGGUGAAGCGGCUCAAGAAGUACGAGCAGGAAUUUCUGGCACUUAAAGCACGACAAGACAAUGAUGACCAAUAUUCCAGCGAGCUUGAAAAGCUUAAGUACACACUUCUGCGAACUGACGAAGAAAAGAAACGUUUAGAGGAUGAACUUCAAAAGGUGAAAGAAAUCUUGAAGAAAGAGGUUCAGAAGGCAGAAAACGAUAGUAAUCGUCAUAUAUCCAUCAUCAAUGAUUACAAACAGAUCUGCCAAAGACUGGACUGUGAACAGUUGGCUGCUAAAGCUGCUCUUGACAAACUUAAGGCAAAGAUGGCUGGUUGUGAGAAGUGCCGAGAAGUCGUCAACACGGACACCUCUGACAACGGCAACUCGGAGGCUAGCCUCAGUCAGAGGGUGAAAGAACUGGAGCUGGAGUUGGCUCGGACCAAGCUUAGUCAGGUGGAGGCGGAGUGUCGGAACCAGGACCUAACACACCAACUGGCAGCUACGUGUUCCGAAUUGCAAGCACUCUCGUCCCGCAACGCUUGGCCGCCAUGGUUACACAAGACACUCACCAGCAUCAAGGAAGUCACGACGACAGCAGCACGCGACAAACCACCUAUACACCGGCGUGACAGCGAGCCACUGCCACGGGACCGAGACACAGAAGCUUUCUAACUUUAAAGUGCAAUGAGAACGAUGAUGCCCUCCAUAGAGUAUGUUUGCAUUUAGCUUUUCGUAGGCUGCACGUAAAGUGUAGGCUCGUGUACGGUUUAUGUUAGGUAUUUUUAGUGACCUAUUCUCCAUUUACUUUUUCGUGUAAAUAAAUCAGUGUUAGUAUUUACUGAAUUGUACAAAUGGUAUCAUUUAAAAUGUGCAGCUAUUUUAUGCUUUAAUUAUUUUUACAUAAAAAAAAUAAGGAAACCAAGCGUCUAAGGCUGUAAGUUUUUGGUUUAAUGAUAUUUUUCUUAUGAGAAAAAUACUCUACUAACUGUGAAUUUUCUCUUUA